CGCGCCUAUGAGCAUAAAAUGCUUUUUCUUCAGACUUCUUCCCUCCCCCGCGCUUUAUCUCUCUUCAUCCUUCUUCGGUUCUUCUAGAAAUUUCGAAAAAACACACCCUCUCCCUGUGAAUCGAAAUCAUGGAUCAUCAUCAUCAUCCAUGGCAUUUCAGGCCAUCGCCACCGGCAAACAACAUCUGUCCAAUUUGCUCUAUUUCUCACUUCCCAUUUUGCCCUCCCCCUCCUCCGCCCUACACUAAUCAAAACCCUAGAUUUCCACCUCGCCCUGGAUUCGACCCGAGAACUUGGCACGGUGUGAACCCUAAUUUCGAUGGGCAAAAUCCGGUGCAGCCGGUGUAUGAUUACUGCUUUGGUAGUAACGGUUUUGUGAGUGAAUAUGAUCGGAAUUAUAAUAAUAAAAGAAUGAGAAUUGAUGAGAACAAUUACCAGUCGUCUGAUCUCGAACGCCGAUUGAAGCUGAUUCGCGACCACGGCGGCGCUUGUGGAAACCCUGAGUUUUUUAAUAGGAAUGGAGAUUAUUCUGUUGAAAAUCAUGCAGCUAAUAAUUCAGUUCAUGGGAGUCAAGAUUGGCAAAGUUAUGGUCCUACUAACAAUCUACCCCCACCGGCACUAACGCCAUUAUCUCCGCCGCAACAUGGAUGGCAUCACCAAAGUUAUUGUAACGGUAAUGAGCAUUUGAAUACACCAGGAGGUUAUUUAUCACAUCACACUGGCAAUGGCAUUGGACAGCCUCCUCUUCCUACUUCUCCACCGCCACCUUUGCCGGUGGACCCGCCACUGUUAUAUCUUCCGCCGCCGCCGCCGCCACCACAGAAAACGUCUUUGUUUCCUGUGCCUGUGAGUGGUCCUUCCUCAUAUCAACCAAUUCCGCAUGCUCCUACCGAAUUUCUUAGGGAGAAGGAAUCCCGGUCACUUUCUAUGCCGUACCUGGGAGAAAGCCAAUCGUUUCCCCUGAAGUCAUUUUCUCCCGAGAAGCCGAAAGUUGUGAACGCUUUGCAGUUGUUUAAGCAGCCUCAUCGAGCAUCGCGCCCUGAUCAUUUUGUGAUAAUACUUCGUGGGCUUCCAGGUAGUGGAAAAAGCUAUUUAGCAAAAAUGUUGCGUGACCUCGAGGUUGAAAAUGGUGGUGAUGCUCCAAGAAUUCAUUCCAUGGAUGAUUAUUUCAUGACUGAAGUUGAAAAGGUUGAGGAGGGUGAUGUUUCAAAAUCUUCAAGUUCGAUUAGAAGCAAGAAACCAAUAACAAAGAAGGUGUUGGAGUAUUGCUAUGAACCUGAAAUGGAGGAGGCUUAUCGGUCAAGCAUGUUGAAAGCAUUUAAGAGAACUCUUGAGGAGGGGAAUUUCACUUUUGUAAUUGUGGAUGACCGCAAUCUGCGGGUAGCUGAUUUUGCUCAGUUUUGGGCAUUUGCAAAGAGGUUGGGUUAUGAAGUGUAUAUUUUAGAAGCCACAUAUAAGGACCCAGCGGGCUGUGCAGCUAGGAAUGUGCAUGGUUUUACCCUUGAUGAGAUUGAAGAGAUGGCUGGGCAAUGGGAAGAAGCUCCAUCUUUGUAUAUGCAACUGGAUAUAAAGUCUUUGUUCCAUGGUGACGACUUGAAGAAAAGUGGGAUUAAAGAGGUAGACAUGGACAUGGAAGAUGAAGAUGUUGAUGAAGGUCUAUCGACAGAACAAGAACAACUCUGCAACAACAUCACAGUAGUUGGGGAUCAUCCACCUUCUGCUUUAGAUUCUCCCUCUGCUGGGAAGGGAUGGGAUGCUGAAGGUGACCAUCCAACACGACUAGUUAAAGACUUGGGCAGUUGUAAGUGGUCAGAUGAUUUAGGGGAAGGUGAUACUGAAAAAUCUAAAGUUGUGAAGGGUAAUUUGAAUUCUCUUUCUGGGCUUUUCCAAACUUAUGGUAAGGAAGGCAAAUCUGUUCGAUGGGGUGACCAGGUUGGAGACACUGGUUUUUCGAUAGGUGCCACAAAGAAUUCUAACAUGCAGUCUUUAGUAAUUGGACCGGGUGCCGGAUACAACUUGAAGUCUAACCCAUUAACUAAAGAAGAAAGAUCAGGAUCGAUGCAUAGUGUUGGCAAGUCAGAGAAGCAGAGCUCAUUCCAAGAGCAUCUCCGAGCAGAACGUGAGUCCUUCAAAGCUGUUUUUGACAGGAGGCGACAGCGGAUUGGUGUAAUUGGAUUGGAGGAGGAAUGAUAAUCCAACAAAAGCUGAGGAAAUUUUCCUAACAGCUGUGUUCUGAUAUGUUCGUUAUUCUUUUGGGGUCAUUAAUUAGAAAAGUUUCCAAGGAUAACUGAAGAAAGAUGGGUGGGUGGUAUAUUUUUUUGUUUUCUGGGUUCCUUUCUUAAUCCGCCCCAGAAGUAGGCUUCUCCAUUGAGUGAACCGAGAAGGUAAAAUUUUUCAGGUGAGGUGAUGGCCAAUAUGGAAAAGGUUGGCAUUGGUGUUGGAUUCUGUAAUGUUGAGUUGGUAGAGAAAGAAAAUGGUUUUAAUAGUAUUGUGGUCACAGCACAUUAUAAUUUUUUGUAAAUAAUGUCGUAUGAUCAUCUCAUCAUGAAAAACGUUUUUUAUGAAAAUAGGGAUUACUAUACAAGCUGUCUGGGAUAUGUCAGAUGAUUACCGUUGAUGAAAGAUUUGAGUUUGCCCA